UGGCAUGGUUUUGUAGAGAAUUCAAUAAGGAAUCUUUUGGAAAAAGAUUUGGAUCGAUAGGAUAAAAGCCGGCGGAGUUAUAUUCAAAAUACGGGAGUGCGUUUAUUUAUGCGCCACCCGUUAGAUUGAAUCUCCCUGGACGAAAAUAGGUUUCUGAGUGGAGAGGGUCCUUAAAUCUGUUUCGUUUGUUUCUCUUUCAUUUCUUUCUUUUUAGCUUCGCAACUGGAAGAUAUUUUAAUUUUUCACAAGGGCUACUACAAUAGCUCAAUUGUUUCGUUAACAAUUGGUCAAACAAAUAUGUGUACAAUCUAUGAACUGCUCUAUCGUCUAUCGAGACUGAAAUACUUAUUUUUAAAUGAAGUUUAUGAUAUGGAGACAUCAGAAAUUCGAUGGCUGUCACCCUCAACAAACUUCAAAUCGCAGUUAUUACAUUUUAAAUUUCAUACACAGCAGAUUAAAUUCAAUCAGUUUAAAGCUUUGUUAAAAAUCGUCAGGGAAAAGUUGAGAUAUCUAUCAUUUUCAUAUACAAACUUAUUAUCAUCACAAAACAGUGACACAGCUUAUGUGAAUGUACGUCAGUGGGAACAAUUGUUAAUGUCAAUACCAAAUCUAUCACAUUUUGAUCUUUUCCUCAAUAUUCUUUAUAGAAAUGAUGAAAUCGAUUUGACUGCAGUAGAAACACAAUUUCCAGCAAAUUCUUGGAAGAAAUUCAAUGUUGUUGUCACUACACCUAGUCCUUCAUAUAAAACACGACUGUACCAAAAGAAGAACGAACAAAUUCUAUCAAUCUAUACACUACCGUAUCCAAAAUCAGAAUUAUAUUUAACAGCUACAGCAGGUACAUUGGUGAAUACAAAUGGCGGUGGAUAUCAUAAAGUUCAAAAAUUGAUCAUUGAUACUCUGUCAAUGGCAAGUUUAGAUCGAGAUCAGCCGCCUAAUCAUCCUCCUUUCUAUCCACAUGUUGACAGUGUUACACUGUGUUACGAUCAGCGAACAUCGGAAGCAACAGCAGCAGACUUUUCUCGUUUAUUUAAUUUGUGGAAUUUGAAAUAUUUAACAAUUACGAACAAUUCUAUCAGUGCUAAUGAACUUCUCACAGCCAUUGUUGAACAAGCACCAAGACUGUGUUCAUUAAAAUUCGAAGGCAACGGGCAACUAAUGUCGAAAAUCGUCGAAAAUUCGACUUUACGAACAUUCUUCCAAAAUCAGAUUUCCACACUGAAUUUGUUGUACGAUAACAGUCUCAUUGAUUUAACAACUGAAGGUAUUAUUGGAACAUUCUCAAACUUGAAAAAGUUUUACUUUUGUGUUGAUUCAUCGGAAGAUUUUUAUCUGAUCGUACCGUACGUCUUACGAAUAUUGAAAAAACUCUACUAUCUCUACGUGGAAAUAUACCAUGAUGAUUUUGGACGUGAACAACAGGACGUUUAUAAACGAUUGAAGAAGAAUGUUAGAAAUGGCAGAGAAUUUCAAUUGGAACGACUAUCAACAAGAACCGUACAGAUUUGGUUGUAG